AUGUUUAUCAAAGAGGAUGUUUACUGGUCUGGGUUUCAGUAUGAGAUUAAGGGUAAGUAUAAGUAUGGUAGUAAUGAUGGUAGUAAUAGCGAUGGCGAUGGUGAUGGCGAUGGUGAUGGCGAUGGUGAUGGCGAUGGUGAUGGUGAUGGUAAUGGCAAUGGUGAUGGCAAUGGCGAUGGCGAUAGUAAUGGCGAUGAUAAUGAUAAUAACAAUGAUAAUAGUGACGGUGAUAGUAGUGGUGAUGGCAAUAGCGAUAGUGGCGAUAAUAGCAUUUAG